UCCAGCCUUAGCUCUACCAGUCAUUCGUUUCUUGAUUUACUACCUAGGACUCUAUACUUGAUCGUCCUUGGACUCAGUCCAACAGUCACUCUUUGAUCAGCAUCUCGCAAGCCGUUUGGUUCCCACGCUCAUUUAUAUUCGCUCGCUUAUCCUCGCCCCCUUUCCCCCGCCAGAGUGCGCCGUUCUGUCCAGCGCCUGAAUGGUGCCCUUGCUCCCCAUUGUUAGUCCACCUGCAGCACCCGCUGCUUGUAUGACAACACCCUCUCCAUCAACACCAGUGAUCGCCCUGCCACACAUACGUUCCGAAGCCGCCCCUAGGAUCCAUUACGAUUUGGAAGCCCACCCGACCUCUGAUCCCCUGUCGCCCGCCCGCGGUCCAUCGCCUCGGCCAACCUUACUGGACAGCCGUGCCAACUCUCACGAUGGCCAACCCACGCUGAAACGACAGGGUAGCACCGACUUGGUUCGGUAUUUUCAUGGCCCUCGCGACCUAGACAAGCACACCAAAUGGCCGGUGUUCCUUAGAAUGCACGGUAGUGUGCUGCCGAAGCUCAUCAUCCCCCUGACCUUUGUGGCGGUUUGGUCGACGGUGGUAACAGUCGUGUCCAAAUACAUAUAUGAUCUCGGGAUUGACAACAUCUUGCUCACCGUAACUGGUCUUGUUGUUGGCUUGGCAUUGUCAUUCCAAAGUACCAGGGCUUAUGAAAGAUGGGCCGAUGGACGUCGGUACUGGGCAAUGCUUCACCAAGCCUCUCGGAAUCUGGCCCGCACCAUCUGGAUGUGCACGUUGGAGCGCGAAGGAGAAGAGGGCAAGGAGGACGUCUUGGAUAAACUAUCGGCCAUGAACUUGAUUCUGGCAUUUGCGGUCGCCCUCAAACACAAACUUCGCUUCGAACCGGAUGUCGCAUACGAUGAUCUGGUAGGUUUGGUGAGUCAUCUCGAUACCUUCGCCAAAGAUGCCCAUGACCGCCAACGGUUGGAUCCGGCCAAAAAAUCCUUCUGGAAAUCUGCUGGUGAAACCUUGUCAUUGUCCAUCGCAGAAUCCGAUCCCCGAAAGCAUGUCAAGCGAUCAAAGAAGCCCCUGGGCCACCUUCCUCUGGAGAUUCUCAAUCAUCUGUCUGCCUAUAUUAACCAGUGGAUUGAGACCGAUGCCCUCAAAUAUAAUGUGCAUCAGACGCAGGCCGUCAACUGCCUGGCCACACUCAACGAAGUCGUCACCGGUGCGGAACGAGUGCUCGACACGCCCAUGCCAGCGGCAUAUGCCAUCUCCAUUGCCCAAAUCACUUGGAUCUAUGUCUUGGUGCUUCCGUUCCAGCUUUUCGACACCCUCUCCUGGGUGACCAUCCCUGGCUCGAUUGCGGCCGCAUAUAUCAUCCUAGGCCUUUCCGCCAUCGGUCGCGAAAUCGAAAACCCGUUCGGUGACGACGUCAAUGACCUGCCCCUGGACACCUAUUGUCGACGCAUCUCCCAGGAGCUGGAUAUGAUCACCGCCACGCCUCCGCCAAUCGCUCGGAGUUUCGGCGCUCGCGAUGAAAACAUGGUACUAUUUCCCCAAAGCACUGCCGGAUAUCCCGAGUGGAAGGAACGGAGUGCCAAGGAGAUCCGAUCCGUGCUGCGAACCAGGGUGGCCGCGCCUCCUCUUACCCCCAGCGCAUCGACCAUCUUCGGUAGUCCCAGCCCCAGCGCCAUGGGAAGUCGUCUAUCGUUGUAUCCGUGAGCCGAGUUUUACAAGGGGUCGCAUAUAUCCUGGACCCACUUUUUUUCGUAAAGUCUUUCCGCGGACACUUCCGGUUUUUACUCCUUUUUUUGGUUGUUAUUCAUUGAGCUUGGUUUGAACAGUUUUUCUACCUUUUAUUUGCAUUUCCCUGUUCUCUCUCAUAUUCACUUCCAUUCCCCCUUUGUUAUUCUGGUUUUGCCUUUCUUGCGUCGCCAUUGUCUUGUUUUCAUUUUUCUUUGGUUGUGUCACCGGGCACUGUGUGCACCCGUCUCUCAUUAAUCAUCCCCUUUUCCUUUGUUACUGGUGAGGCCCCAGCACGAUGUUGCCCGAUUA